CCAUGGUGGCGUAUUCGACGGUAUGGAUGCUGAUCCGUCGACGGGACGAUAAUCUUCCGCGAGUGUGGGAAUUCUGAAAAGAGUCACGAUCAACGAGGACGAUCGAGAGGCUGAGCUGGGACCCUCAGUCGGCGACUACCCGUCCGCCGUAGCGAUUGGGGCCCCCGUUUCGGGACGCCACUGACAUUUACCCGAUUAGUUUGCGCGCUUUUCCGAAUUUCCGGUACCAGUGAUCACAGUGGCAUUUUUUUAAAUAAAUAUGGAGUAUUACAAAUCCCAGCUCGUGGGUAGAUAAGCACCAUUUCCAAUGAUAUGGGCCAGCAAACGUCAAGCCACCCGAAAAAUCUCUUGUUGCAUCGAAAACUGUCAGCGUUCCUCUUGUCCAGGUCCCGCAGGACCACGCGUACCCCUCACCCCGCUCAACCCAUCAAAUUCCAGUACAAAACUGCCCGGAACAACAACACCAAUGGUGUUACUACCAUCAAAAACGACAAGCAACAAAUUAAACCCAUUGACAAUUUGGCCUCUGUUAAAGACAAAAAUAUUUUGGCGGAAGAAAUCAAAAAUACUGAAGAAAAGAAUGUUAAAGUCGGUGUGAGAUUGCCUUUGAGAACCAAGAGUGAACCGAAUAUAGGAUAUGAGAGACCUAGACAUAGGAGGAAAAGUAGGAAAGUUAGUAAAGGAUGUUAUGAGAGUAAGGUGGUGCAACCAUUUGGGUAUGAAAUACAGGAUGUGGAUGCUUUCUUGGCGAAGGCGACUCUACAUAAACCAGCAAAUAUACCGGUAGUCCUAGCUUUCCCCAGCGUGCUCUACCAAACUAGAGUGGGGGGCUAUCAGGCAGAAAUUUCCCUUCCUUUGGGCAUGGUAGUCAAUGCCAUAUUCAAGAACCAAAAUUGGCUGUAUGUCCAAACACCUCACGCGGAAGAAGGAUAUGUUAGCUACUCCGCUUGUCUACCUCUAGGUAUUAUACCAUCUCCUGAGGACGACAAAUUAUCGCCAUGUUGGGAAAAAUCAACAGACGUAUUCCCGAAACCUUCCGGCAACAUGACAGACACAGAAAAACUUAGUUGUAAGUCCGAAUGUGGCGCUGAUGUCGAGAAAAGUUACUGUAAUAGGGAGAGAUACAGAAGUGCCUUUAGUGCGUGUGGAGAAAGGAGCGUGGAUAGGCUUUAUCUCAGAGCUACUGCUAUCGCGAAAGGAAAAGGAACAAGACAUACCUUGCUAGUAAUAAAUGAAGACUAUGAAGGCUCAGGUAAAGGAACCAUAUCAGUUGAAAAAAAUGAGGUUGUGUUCCUUCUCAAUGCCAGCAUAAAAGGCUGGUUCUAUGUGAAAAACAAGGACGGAUCAGAAGGGUUCAUCCCAUCUGUCAUAGCAGGACACGGAUUUUUAUAGAAAUAGUAUUAACUUAAUUUAUUAUUUAAAAAAUUGUAACAUAAAUCUAGAUUGUUAGAAAUACAAACACAAUUGUUGAUCUUUAUAAAUAAAAUUAGUGGAUA